AUGUUUGCAGGCCUAGCCAUUUACCCCAGGGCCAGCAGCUCCAGCCCGCUUCAACCUGAUGCCAAAAGACUGGAGGUGGAGGUCAGGGACUUCCUGCGGCGCAAUGCCCUCGGCUGUGGCCUACAGGCCACAUUCUCGGCACUGGCCGCCAGUGAUACCUUCGUUUCGGUUUUCUACGGCCGCAUGCCGUUCGUCCUCGAGUGCGGGGACGCCGCCCAGUCGUGGACUUUGGAGGACCAGCUCAAGCUGCUCCAGCCCGAGAGCUACGACGUCUUCGCAGCGAAGCCGGAGCUGAAGCAGGAGGCCAUCAAGUUGACCGGCUACUCACGCUUCACCCACCCGGCCAUCGGGCAGCUGAAGAGCCAUUCUUUCAUGGCGGCUGGCACUGAAUCCGGCAAAGCGGAGCCCGAGCAGUGCGAGCCUGACCUCACAGAGGAAGUCGUCCGGGAGCGUGUGAAGAACGGAACCUGGGUACUUUCCAGUGGGAACUCGCUGUCCCCUCGCCUAGCAGAGGUUUGCCAGUCGCUGCAGUCAGCCUUCCAGGUCCCCUUCGUCACGCUGAACGUGUACAUCUCGCACCUGGAUGCCCCAGUGACUGCGCCACUUCACACGGACCGCUUCGACUCCUUCAUCAUGCAGACAGAGGGCUUCAAGCGCUGGCGGAUCUACGGGACCAGUGCCCAGGUGCCCUCCUGGCCAGUCCUCGAUGCAGGGAUGACAGAUAGGGGCAAAGCGGGAGACGUACUAUUCCUGCAGCAGGUAGGCGACAUGCUGAUCGACGAGUGCCUGAAGCCCGGCGACAUCCUUUACUUGCCGCGGGGCUUCCCUCAUGCCACCAGCACCUUCAAUACGUCGGGGCUGGACAAGGGCACUGCGUCGCCCUACUCGACCAGUCUGACCGUCAGCUUGCUGCUGGAGUCCGUCGGACUGACGCUGGACAAGGCCAUGCGCUGCGCAGCGGGCAUGCACGAGGGCCGCAACAAGCUCGGCCAGUGCUUCAGCGCCGAGGAGGUGCUCCGUGCGACGAGCGACCAUCAGUCCAUGAGGGCAGUGCUGCCCGUCGGCUUUCUGGCCCGCACGGUGGCGCCCGCACUGAAAGGACAGGAUCUCAUCAGAGAUUGGGAGAAGUUUGAGAUGGAAUGGGUCGAGGCCAUGCAGACGAAGCUGCAUCAGAUGGCCAAUGACAUCGGUCUCGCGAAAUGGCUCGAACACCGAUCUGCGAACGAUGUGCAGCUCAGAAGAACCCUCCAUCAUCUCUGGCGAUCCAUGCCUAUCGCGACAGAGUGGUGCCGCGAGCGUGUCUAUGCCACAGGGAAGAUCUUGAGCCAGAUACCGCCGGACAGUCGCCACGAGGUGGAGGAGAAGUCGCUCGUCGACUUUCCCUUCUUUCCUCCAGACGGCCUGAUGUUCGCCAAGUCACCCUCCAUCAACUCUCCGGUGCCCGUCCUGUGA